UAUAAAGUCACUGGAUUCUGACUAACUGCAGAAGAAUACACGACUGGAAUUCUCCACUCCAUAGCAAAUAUCACAGCUAUCACAAUGAAGAUUCUGUUCUGUUUGGCUAUCCUUCUGCACACAGCUACCUCUGAAAUGCAUGACAUUGUUGUUUCAGGGGUGUUCGAGUCCAGUAUCAUGACAUAUAAUUACACCCAAUCCAGAGAGUACUGUCUGUCGCAGAAUGCAACUUUAGCAACCUUAGAGCAGGUGACCAGAGCUCAGAACGCCAGCUUCCAGACCUGCAGGUAUGGAUGGGUCAAAGAGCAGCAGAUUAUUCUUGCCCGUGCCACAGCGACCAAAAGUUGUGGCAGCAAUAAUAUAGGCAUCAUUAAACAAGAGCCCUGUGGGUACUACAUUGCACCCAGUGCCUACUGCUACAAAUUUAACGUGGUGACAGGAGUAUUUCAUGUAGAUUCUCAGAGUGGUAAAUACAAUCUCACUUUUGCGGAAGCCAACUCUACCUGUGUGGGCCUUAAUGCAACCGUGGCAACUGAGAGUCAGCUUCGAGUCGCGCACGCUGCCGGAUUCCAGACCUGCAGGGCUGGGUGGGUAGCAGAGCAGAAGAUUUUCAUUUCUCGGACAACGCCGGCUGUUGAAUGCGCCAGUGGAGAAGUGGGGAUAAAGGAGUACCCAGGAACAAAUGAGAAAUCAGACGUGUUUUGCUUCAGAAGUGACUUGAAUCAUACCGAUGUAUACGUGGUCUAUCCACCAUUUGGGAACAGUAGCAUGACAUACAGUGAAGCUACGCAACAAUGCCUGUCCCUUGGGGAUAGCUUGGCAUCAAACGAGCAACUGAGAAGUGCACCCACACCCAUCUCUGACGGCAUACCCGGGUGGAGCAAAGACAAUGACGUGGUUCAGUUCUCCAGUGGCAAUCUGACAAUCACUCCGUGUGUCAAUGAACCCAGCCGGCUUGCUUCAGUCUACUGCUUCAACCCUAACAUCACAGAUUUUAUUCCAGUACACACCAAGGAUGACAAAUUGUGGCUCAAGAUCACCAUGGUUUGCAUUAUCGCCUCUAUAUUUAUCAUCCUGCUCAUGGCUGCCGCCUUCAUGAGAGGGAAUAACUGCAUCUGCUGUGCCAGACCUAAAAAGCCAGCGCAAGAUUCUACCCUAGAGAAAGACAAUGGACUGCACCAGCCCAGAUGGAACAAAACCAGCAUGUACAUCCCCAAAGAUGACAUAUUCCAUCAGAUUCCAGCAUACCAGAACAAUGACGCAGGAACCAAGCCAUCUGUGCUGAGCAAGGCCUUAAACACUGGCUACCGCUCUCAUACCUUCACUAACUAUGGCUUUGAAUCCACACCCGAGGACAGCGAGCACAGCUUCGACAAAACUCACCCGGACCGCAGCCCUGCUGGUGUGAAUCCUCAGGACGCGAGCCCCGGUGACUCUCACGUGUAUAGCAACGCUGGCUUUGACGGUACUUAUUAAGACCUCAAAUCAGACUCGACUCAGCGGUUAAGCAGUGAUGACUUUGACACAAAUCGGCGACCUCUGGAAUUGAAUGGACUUCCCCCCCACUGUAAAUUAUUUUUUUAAAUGUAUCUUACGUACAUCUGAAGAACGCUAGUCAUAAUAGUCACAUUUUUAAUGUUUCUUAUAGCAGCUAAGUACAAAAAAAAAUAUGAUGACUAUGGACUUUGUGCGAUGUAAAAAAAAAAAAAAAAAAAAAAAAAGCCACAUGAUUCAUCUUCACCGGAGUUAUGUGGUACUUUUUAAAAGCCCCUAGUGUGUCUGGGCAAGCUCAUGAAAAAAAAAAAACUGCAGUGGUUCAAAAUGCCAUUUAACUCUCACCUAAAUUCCAGCUAAUGUUUAUGUUUGCUAUGACUGUACAAGAAAUAUGUGGAGUUUCAGUACCGGAUCCAGACUUUCAUAAGAGAGAGGGGGGGUCAAGACUGUCAUGAUAAGAAACAUACUGUUAAACUAAACAGUAUUUUGGAUCUGCCCAUGGAGUUUUAUUACUAGGGUGUUUAAAACCAAAUUAACUUGACAGACUAUUAAGCUGUUUGGUUUUAGUUACCAAUAAUAAUAAUAAUAAUAAUAAAAAUAAUAAUAAUAAAAGUAGGUGUUGUUUAAAUACACUCAAAAAAUGUAAAUGAACAGAAACUGGUGUAAUUUGUAGGCUGCUAUUUGUUAUAUAAUGUAUUGUUUUUUGUAUUUUGUAAAUCUUGGGCAAUAUGGAAUAAAAUGUUUAUUGUUUGUUUCA